AUUUCACGAAUUCAAACAUCAUUGAUCAUUUCUUGGUUUUUGAGCACAAGUUGUUUGAUUCAGAGUAAUGGACAGAGUAAGGGAGUUAGCAUCCAAGAAGGCUGCAGUUAUCUUCACAAAAAGCUCCUGCUGCAUGUGCCACAGCAUCAAGGCGUUGUUCUACGAUUUAGGAGCUAGCCCGGCUGUGCACGAGCUUGACCAUGAGUCCAGAGGCAAGGAGAUGGAGUGGGCGUUGAGAGGGCUAGGCUGCAACCCCACCGUCCCGGCUGUGUUUAUCGGUGGAGAGUUCGUUGGCUCGGCCAAAGAUGUGAUCUCCCUCCAUGUUGAUGGAUCUCUGAAGCAAAGGCUCAUUAAUGCCAAGGCGAUUUGGUUUUAGCAACAACCUAAAACUAGUAGCACUAGUAUAUGCGAUCAUCAUGCUUAGAUAUAUAUAGUGCAGUGCAGUGAUGAGGGAAGACAGCUACAUGCAGUAGUAAUCAAGCAUGUCAGUUACAAGUGAAGCUUCUAGCUGUGUAAUUAUGGGCUUUGUCCUGAUUUUGUCGACUUUUGUAACCUUGGCUUAAGUCUACUUUUGGUGACUUUUGCUGGAGUAGUGAAAUCCUGACUUAAUCAAAUGUUCUUGUUGGAAUUUUUCUCA